AUGGGCAGCCUAGGCGACAUGGAUUCACGUCCCAAGAAGUACAACACUGAGCUUACGGACUACUCGGCAGUCCACACCGAUAAGACUGGGCCAUAUGCUGAGAACCUCGAAGUCGAUGCGUUGAUUGUGGGUGCCGGUUUUGCUGGUAUCUUCAUGCUCAAGACUCUCCGCGACCGCGGCUUGAAGACGGUCAUCUUUGAGGCCGGCAACGAUACGGGUGGCACCUGGCGAUGGAACUGCUACCCCGGAGCCGGCGUUGACUCUGAAGUCCCAGAGUAUGAGUUCUCUUGGCCCGAGGUAUACAACACCUGGAACUGGCCCAACAACUACCCCAACUACCAGAACCUGCGUGAUUACUUCGAUCACGUCGACAAGGUCAUUGGUGUCAAGAAAGACUGUGCUUUCAAUACCGUCGUUAUUGGAGCUGAGUUCGACACGAAGGAGGGGAAAUGGAAUGUCAAGUCCGCUGAUGGUCGCACGACCAAGGCCAAGUACCUCAUUCUCGGAACCGGAUUUGCUGCCAAGCGUUAUAUCCCUCCCUGGCCCGGCAUGGACAAGUUCAAGGGCGUCGUGCACCACUCGUCAUUCUGGCCCGAUGAGAAGGUCGAUGUGAAAAAUAAGCGCUGCGCCAUCAUUGGCACCGGCGCCUCAGGUGUGCAAAUUACGCAGGCCUGGGGCCCGGAGGCCGGCGAUCUUAAGGUCUUCCAGCGAACUCCUAACCUCGCCGUACCCAUGCGCAAGCGUGACCUCACCGUCGAGGAACAGGAGCGUCUCAAGCCCGUCUACCCAGAGCUGUUCCGGUACCGUGAGACCAGCUUCGCCGGCUUCUUGUACGACUGGUGCGAGCGCAACACCUUUGACGACACUCCCGAGGAGCGCGAGGCCUUCUACGAGAAGGUCUGGAAAGAUGGCGGAUUCCGCUUCUGGGUGGCCGUGUACAAGGAUUCCUUCUUUAACCCCGAGGCCAACAAAGAGACGUACAAUUUCUGGGCAAAGAAGACCCGUGAUCGUAUUGGCGACCCCCAGUUAAGGGAGCUGCUUGCGCCGCUGAAGAUGCCGCACUACUUUGGUAUCAAGCGGCCGUGUCUGGAAUACGACUAUUACGAACAGUUCAACCGGGAAUCGGUGCACCUGGUUGACAUCAAGAACAACCCGAUUAAGGAGUUCACCGAGACCGGCAUCACCCUCGAGGAUGGGACUCAUCAUGAGCUUGAUGUCAUCGCAGUCGCAACUGGAUUUGAUAUUGUCACCGGCGUCAUGACCCAGCUCGGCCUGAAGAGCAUCGACGGCGCCGAGCUUGAGAAGGAAUGGGCCACAGGCGCAACCACCUACCUCGGCACCACCGUCAGUGGCUAUCCCAACAUGUUCCACAUCUAUGGCCCGCAUGGUCCGACUCUCCUGAGCAAUGGACCCACGUCUGUCGCGGUACAGGGCCGCUGGAUCGCCGACACUAUUGCCAAGAUCGAGGCCCAUGGUAUCAAGUACAUCAACCCCAAGAAGGAGGCCGCCGACAAGUGGAAGAAGCUUGUUGUCGCGCUAAAUGACCGAACCCUCUUCCCUACGACGAAGUCGACAUACAUGGGUGGCAGCAUCCCUGGCAAGGUCUUUGAGCCAGUGUGCUACUCUGGAGGUAUUCCCGCUUAUACCGCCCAGAUUCGAGAGGCUUUGGAUAAGUGGGAGGAAGGAUUUGACUUAGUUAAGGCUUGA